AUGAGGCUGCUCAACGAUGAAAUUCCCUCUACUUCAGACUUCUCUGUAUCCACGUUUGCAUCCUGGUUAUUGAAAGUUGGAGAUGGAGAUUUAGGAUAUCCAGACGUAAGUGACACAAUGGAUGCAAGAUGGAUUGACAUACCAUCUUCACUUAUGAUUCCUCCUGGACAAGCAACUCUACAAAAUCUUAUACAUUUUGUAUAUGGGGAUGGCAUCCUUGCAACACCAUCUGCUACUGGCUUAUCAGCAAGGGCAAUUGUAUGUCCAAAAAACAAGACAACUCACCACAUAAAUGACCUGAUUCUCAACAUCACCCCCGAAAAUAUGACAACUUACAAAAGUGUCGAAUUGAUUGAAUCAAAUGGCACUCUAACAUUAGAAUUUGAAAGCUUCUACCCAACUGAGUAUCUAAAUCAUCUUAACUUUCCAAGUAUACCUUCACACAUCCUGUCACUAAAAGUUAACACUCCAGUUAUGCUAACUAGAAACCUAAACCAACGAGAAGGGUUAUGCAAUGGAACGCAUCUAAUGGUGUCAAAGUUACUACCAUUGCUAAUUGAAGCAACUAUCAUCACUGGAAUAUCAAUUGGUAGACGAGUCUACUUACCGCGUAUAAAAUUCAUUCAUAAAAGCAUUGAUCUGCCAUUCACUUUCAUUAGAAAACAAUAUCCGAUUAAGAUUUGCUACGCCAUGACUAUUAACAAAAGCCAAGGUCAAUCUCUAAACAAAAUUGGUAUAUACUUACCUGAGCCUGUUUUCAGCCAUGGCCAACUUUAUGUUGCACUAUCCGUGCAACAUCCCCAGACUCAAUCAGAAUUGCAAUAG